AUGCACUACUCUACUAUCCUCGGUGCUGCUGCCGCCCUCGCCGGCGUUGCUAGUGCUAGCCCCCUGAACCGACGUGUCAAUUUCGUCGGCCAGAAGGUCAUGCAAUGCACGCAACCCGGCCUGGUCGCCCUGACUUACGACGACGGCCCCUUCGCCUACACAUCCCAACUUCUCGACCUCCUCGCGGCGAACAACGCCAAGGCGACGUUCUUCGUGAACGCCAACAACUGGGGCAGCAUCUACGACUACGCUGAUGUUAUCACCCGCAUGCACUCGGAGGGCCACCACGUCGGCUCUCACACCGGCACCCACCCGGACCUUCAGACCCUGUCGACCGCCGACCGCCAGGCCCAGAUGAAGCAGGUCGAGGACGCGACCCAGAGCAUCGCCGGCUUCAAGCCCCGCUACAUGCGCGCGCCCUUCCUGUCCUGCGAGCAAGACUGCCUGGCCGACCUCGGCGCCCUCAACUACGUCAUCGUCGACACCAGCCUCGACACCAAGGACUACGAGCACACGCAGGACAUCGACUUCUCGGUCAACAAGUUCGAGUCCGAGCUGGGCGACCCGAGCGUGAACAGCUACAUCGUGCUCGCCCACGACGUCCACCAGACCACCGUCAACCCGCUCACGCAGAAGAUGCUCGACGCUCUGAGGGGGAAGGGCUUCCGCGCCGUCACCGUCGGCGAGUGCCUCGGCGAGCCCCAGGCGGCGUGGUACCAGUAG